UAAAAAUCACGCUCGACCGCAUCCAACAACGAACAAACAAAAAAUCACCUAUACCUGUAACAACUCAGCCACAUCUCCUUACUUUGUCGAUGUUACGUCUAUUUCAGAGUUAUCUAAUUCGAUCCAUUUCCAGGAACUCUGACGUGAGCAUUUGGUCAGACUUGCAGGGCACUCCGUCGUCGAGUGCGUCGUCUACAGCACGACCAGUCGAGACAGCAGCAGCAGCAGCAGCGGUAGAUAAGGAUGAUGAUGCGCCAGCACAUCAUUCAUCGCCCUUGUCACCGCCAUCUCCACCGACACCUCUCCCUCAAGAGGACAGACCUCUCCGUAUCCCUCCCACUGUGGAGGAGAGACAGGAGGACGAGCUACCCGAGUUGCACGGCGUACCCGUGACUCGGGAGUACUUGAGGGAGAGGGAUUUUCGUAGGGACAUUGAUUCGAUCUACGUCUUGACCUCGUCAUUGACGUCGUUCGAACUCAAUGACGUCCUCGAUCUUCACGUCGGUGGAGUAAAGUCCUUCCCGGAUAAGAACAAAAAGUAGCUCCGAGCCGUGAGCUGCAUCGCUGCGAAAAAUACUGUUAAAGCCCUAUGGGCGUCAUGUGUAAAAUAAAUGAGC